AUGGCUGCCAAGGACCAGUUGGAGGCUCAAGUUAUGGUCGCCCAGGAAAUGGAGCUUACGGUUUGUCUUUUUUAUUUUAAUGCGGGAAAGGCUCCAGUAAGUUAUGAGCGUGAGGAAAGAAAACCUGUUACAGAGACAAAGGAGGGAGAUGUAACUGAUGAGCAUCAGGAAAGAGAACCUUUUGCUGAAACAGAUGAACACGUGGGGGUUGAUACCAAGGAGCUAGAAGAUAUUGCAGCUGACAUUAAAGAGGAUCUUGCUGCAAAGAGAAAAAGGAGUGAAAAGAUUGCAAAAGCUUGCAGUGAAAUAAAGAAUAGAGUUAAAAACGUUUUGAGAACAAUGCAACUAAAAAGGCAGAAACGUGAUUACAGAAUUUCUCUGAAGUUGCCGAAUGUCCUUGAAGAGUUCACCACAGAUGAGCAGAAAGAUGAGGAAGGAGAAGGAGAAAAGGAAGAACAAAUUAAGAUAUUUCAAGAGCAACAAAAGAGGUGGCAACAAGAUAAGAAAGGAACUGAAAGAGAUUGA